AUGGGCUGCGAUCGAAACUGCGGGCUCAUCGCAGGUGCUGUCAUCGGUGCAGUCCUGGCUGUGUUUGGAGGUAUUCUAAUGCCAGUUGGAGACAUGCUUAUUGAGAAGACAGUUAAAAAGGAAGCUGUCCUUGAAGAAGGUACAAUUGCUUUUAAAAAUUGGGUUAAAACAGGCGCAGAAGUUUACAGACAGGUUUGGAUCUUUGAUGUACAGAAUCCAGAGGAGGUGGCAGUUAACAGCAGCAAAAUUAAAGUUAAGCAAAGAGGUCCUUACACGUACAGAGUUCAUUAUCUAGCCAAGGAAAAUAUAAUGUGGGACUCCGAGACCCACACAGUCUCUUUCCUGCAGCCCAAUGGUGCCAUCUUUGAACCCUCACUAUCAGUUGGAACCGAGAAUGACACUUUCACUGUUCUCAAUCUGGCUGUAGCAGCUGUGCCCCAUCUCUAUCCAAGCGCAUUUGUUCAAACAAUAGUCAAUAUCUUUAUCAAAAAAUCAAACUCUUCUAUGUUUCAAAAAAGAACUUUGAAAGAACUAUUAUGGGGCUAUAAGGAUCCAUUCUUGAACUUGAUUCCAUACCCAGUUCCUACUACAGUUGGUGUGUUUUACCCUUACCACAAUACUGCAGACGGAGUUUAUAAAGUUUUCAAUGGAAAAGAUGACAUAAGCAAAGUUGCCAUAAUUGACACAUAUAAAGGCAAAAAACAUCUCUCCUAUUGGCCAAGUUAUUGUGACAUGAUUAAUGGUACAGAUGCAGCCUCAUUUCCACCUUUCAUUGAGAAGACCCGGAUAUUGCAAUUCUUUUCCUCUGAUGCUUGCAGAUCAUUCUAUGCUGUGUUUGGAGCCGAAAUUAAUCUGAAAGGAAUCCCUGUGUACAGAUUUAUCCUUCCAUCCUUGGUUUUUGCAUCUCCACUUCAAAAUCCAGACAACCACUGUUUCUGCACAGAAAAAAUUAUCUCCAAAAAUUGUACUUUAUAUGGUGUGCUAGAUAUUGGUAAAUGCAAAGACGGAAAACCUGUGUACAUUUCACUUCCUCAUUUUCUACAUGCAAGUCCUGAAAUUGCAGAACCCGUUGAAGGCUUAAGUCCAAAUGAAGAGGAACAUACCACUUACUUAGAUGUUGAACCUAUAACUGGAUUCACUUUACAAUUUGCAAAACGCCUGCAGAUCAAUAUACUGGUUAAGCCAGGAAAAAGAAUUGGAGCAUUAAAAGGUCUGAAGCAGAAUUAUAUGGUGCCUGUUCUUUGGCUUAAUGAGACUGGCACCAUUGGUGAUGAGAAGGCAGAAAUGUUCAGAAAUCAAGUGACUGGAAAAAUAAAACUCCUUGGCCUGGUAGAAAUGAUCUUAAUCAGUGUUGGUGCAGUGAUGUUUACUGCUUUUAUGAUUUCAUACUGUGCAUGCAGAUUGAAGAGUGUAAAAUAA